UCGAAAUAGCGUAUCCAGUUUUGUAAAAAAAAGCUCAUUCUUAAUUCUGAAUUUAUUUAUUUAUUUGGAAUUCUGUUUUCUUUUGGGGCCAAAAAAUCGCAAUGAAUGAUCAAGUUACGAGUUCAGAUGAAACUACCACAGAAGAAUCACCAGAAAAAGAUAAAAACACUGAUAAAGAUGGCUGGAUUUUAGAACUCGAAACGGCAUUGUUAUCCGAUUGUGAUAUAAAUGUGAUUCGUAAGAUGUCCAAUCAGCAAUCAAUCCCAAACAAUUUACGAUAUGAAUUUUGGCAGGUUUGUUUGGGCAUCAAAGGACGUGUAAAAAUCUUAGAAGAUAUUUUCGAUCUACCCGAGCAGAAUUUGAUUCGUAAUGAUUGUCAAAAACUAGUCGAAAGAUUGAACAAUUCUAGUUCGGAAAAGUUGUCAAUAUUGUCCGAUCUCGAAUCGAUUAUAACAAAUUUUUCCCGGUUAUAUCAUUGCCCAUAUACUUCGAAAAAUGGGUGGAUCGAUCUUUUAGAAACAUUGAUACAUCUAAAUGUUAAACGAAAUGAAUUGUUCAAAAUAUUUGAAUCAAUCGAACUUCGUUACAUUACCAAAUAUUACAACUGUUCCAAGGAAGAUUCGAAAGAUUCCGAAUCAAUGUAUAUGCAACCCUUCCAUCUAUUACGUUUAUUUUUGCUUUAUCAUGAUCCAGAAUUAUGCAAUUAUUUCGAUACCAUUAAAUUAACUCCUGAACAAUUUGCCUCGACUUGGUUUCGUAGUCUGUUUUGUUUGGAUGUUUGUAAUCCGAAUGUUUCAUUGAAUCUUCUGGACGCUUAUUUUACUUAUUCCGAUUCAUUUAUGAUAUUCUAUCUGUCCCUAGUCAUGAUCAUCAAUAUCAAAGAUGAUCUCAAGAUGAAAAACGACAAAACCGAAAUCAUCAACAUCUUAUCCACCAUACCUUCAUCGAUCACCGAAUCUGAUAUAAAAGAUAUGUUUUUUAUUGCGGAACAACAUUUUUUAGAUAAAACACCUUUAUCUGUCAAAGAGUUUCAGAAAUUACUUUUUCAAGUUUAUUCCCAAGCUGAUAUCUAUGAUGAUCUUUGUCAUAUUGAAGAUCUGUCCAAUCUACUUUGUCUCCCGAUAUCGAUACAAGAAUUGUUGAAUAGUUGCCAAAACGAGAAUAAUCUACGAUAUUUUGUUGUUGACUGUCGGUCACCGGAUCAAUACAAUAAUGGUCAUCUUUUGACAGCUUUCCAUCUCGAUUGCAGUCUGAUGUUGAAUGACCCAUCAGUGUUUGCAACAGCCGUUCAAGCACUGUUGGCCUCACAAAAACAAGCUAUCGAAGCUAACGCGAUUGCUGGAGGUGAACAUCUCUGUUUUAUUGGAAGCGGCCUUGAAGAUACAGAUGGCUACAUUCACAUGGUUAUCUCUUCAUUUCUACAGAAGCAUCAUAAAUAUGUUAGCUUUCUUUAUGGUGGUUUUGAAGCACUUCAUAAGACAAUCACGGAGAAACAUUUAGAUCAUUUAUUAGUAGAUCAUAAUAUCAAAAACUGUCUAUGUUGUAUGGCACAAAAAUCAAUUCGUUCAAUUCAAAAUGACCAUUCAUCAUCGUCAUCAUCAUCGGAUUCUAAAUUUACAAAAGAUGUUGAUCAUUUGACUUCGGUAUUUUUUCAAAAGUUCUCCACUGCCGUUAAGCCUAAAAUCAGCGAAAUGAAAGAAAAGCUAGUGGAAUAUGUUGUAAAUCCUAAUCAAAAACCGGUGAUCAAACAUGUUAGCUCGGAAAAUCUAGGAAAACGUUAUAAAGGAAGCAAAUUCAGUCUGGAUGAUACGAAUACAGAUUUAGAUGAAGAUUCGAUUGAUGUGAAUGCCGAUGAUGAAUUAUCCGAAAUCAAUAUAGAAGAAUGGAAAAAACAACAAGAUCUGAUUGGAUGUUUUGAAUGUUCCAAAAUUAAUUCGGAUAAUACUAGAAUACCUGGAUAUCUGGCUGUGACCAAAACGAAUAUAUACUUUUUCAAACAUUCCAAAAAUCGUGAAGGAUAUGGACAAAUACUAGUGCAACGACCAUUAGAAAUGAUAUUCCAGAUUACAUCAAAACGAAAAUGUCCUGAGAUCAUAACAUUUAAAUAUGGACACUCAAAUAGUGGUGGCAAUGAAUCGGUUUUAAUUGCCAAAGAUAGUCUAAUUCUUGUCGAACCAUUUGAAGUGAUUCGAUUAAUUAAACAACAAGUAGUCAAUUUAUUGGACCAAAAUCAUCUUAAUUCUAAUCAAAGAGAUUCACCGAAAGAAUAAUAAUAAUAAUAUAAACGCCAACACACAAACACACCUACCACAGUUGUAUUUGAAAAUUAAUUUUUAUGAA